CAACAAGAGCAGGUCCUCUGCCACCCUUUGCACGUGAGAGACAUCGACGAGGGAUACUAUCGAGGGCCGAGGCCUCUGCCAACUCGACUAGAAGCUGGCGGUGGCUUGUCCACUUGUACUAUCAACUCCUCGUCAUCGACGGCCGCGCGCUCUCCACCACGGUAUCGGAUUACCUGGUCCGUGGCCGCUCCUGCACGAAACACUCGUGCGCCCUCCUUUGCGCACCCACCGCGAUUGACUCUGUCCAUGAUUCUGCAAUCGCUCCUGGCUGUCUUUUGUCGAGGGCUGCAAUGACUUUCCAAACCGCGCAGUGUGAUUUUGCCGUACACCUUCUCGACCGGCACCUCCCUUCUUCUCCUCCGUCGCAGCGCACGCGAGCGAUAUCUUAGAUUGCGACCUCCUAUAGUUGUGUAGAGCGGUGCUGCACCUCGCACCAGAUUUAUUCCGCCUGCUACCGGCAUGUCGUGGUUCUUGCGCGGAGUCCAAAGCGCCGUCUUCCAUUACGCUUCAUGUGCGCCGUGCACCGGUUACAACGACAGCCGAAAACGACGGAGAGAAGCAAAGCGAGCUAGGAAAGCGAGAGAGAAGCUGGUGCUGGAGCAGCCGGAGACAUACCACCACCCCGAACCGACCGGCACCAAUCCAUACUGGGGCGAGGAGAUCGCCUUGGGCCCCGGGCCGCCUCCGCGAAGAGCGCGCAGGACGAACACUGGCAGCACAAGAGGACCGGCAAAGGUGGGGUUGCAGAGCACGGUCGUCAGCCAGAACGGAAGCAGCUUGGACGGUGAGCGAGCCAACGAUCUGCGCCUAAGCGACGACACCAUUGACGACGACGACACAUGGAAUCUGAAGCGCUACCAGAGAGAGGACGAAGAUCUAUGGGGACUGGACGAGGCGCCAAUACCCGUGCAGCAGACGACAUCAGGGUCAUCAUCGAGUGGACUGGGCAGUGUACUAGGGUACAAGAUGAGCAGACCAGGCACUUCACGGUCAGGAAGCUACUACUCGGCGCGCGCACCGCCCGUCAACGACCUCCACCCGCCCGUCGUCAGCCUGCCAUCCCCAGAUGUUGCCGACAAUCGGUGGAUGCUCCAGCCCCCACCCAAAGCUAGCGUCAUGGCUGGGAAAGAGCGAGCAACCCACCGGAGCCGCAGUGGGAGCGGGGCAAGCAGUCGCGUGGAGUUGAGUCUUCAGCGACAGGUCAGCACACGGCAGCUGAUGCACAGACUCGAGCGAGGGCAGACGCAGGAGCUGCCGUCAAUAACACCGCAGGGCUCAUACACCGACCUGCUUUCCAGCCAACGCCGCAACAGGAGCAGAACACCUCAAGCGCGACCGCCGUCCUCUACCAGCUCGAGGAUGCGCCGCGACACCGCCAUCACACUGAACAGAACCGACACGACAGAAUCGCAGACCUCAAUCAUACGGGGGAGAACCACGCCAACAGCUUCCCGCACCGUCUCCGUCCGCCAAAGCCGGCCCGUCCUCUCAACCGUAGUAUCCAGCGGCUCCGCCGUCAACCUAUCUCCCCCCGGCCCACAGAGCAGCGACGAGAACGCGGUCCCGUCACAGCCAGAAGCCGUGCACUACCGCCUCGCAACCCAGUCCUCCGACUCGCUCCUCGCACCGCGCACACUGCCCCGCCGCGAACGCGCUCCGCUCAACUCCUCGGACAUCUCGUCGCUCAACUGCCUCCAAGACACCGUCUCGCCGCGCGCGCUGCUCAGCUCAAGAUUUGUUUCUGCGCCGCUGGUCGAAGCGAAGAUUCGUCUGCCGCCGUCGAAUGACGAUCUGGCUGCAGGCGCACGGGAUGACGAGGCAAAGAAUGAGGGGUCUAUGCCUGCGCCGUUCGACAGCCAGGGCGUGGUGGAGAGGGAUCCGCGGCUGAGGUGGAGCGUGGACUUCUGA